CGUUCAUCUGUAUUUGACGAUCAACCCGUCUUUCCCGGCCGCCGUCUCCAUUCAUGUACUAUCUUUGGAGGCUGCGGCUCCUUGACUCUGUCUGACUGAGCUGCGCAAAAAUAACAUUGACGGCGAGAGCCCCGACGGACGGACGCACGGCCGCGUCUUAUGUGGCGAGCCGUGCUGCCCCUCCAUCUAUCCAUCCAUGGUGGUGCGUCGCAUCUCGUCUCGCCGCGCACCGGCGGGCGGCACACAGGCCAUGCUCCGAUUUUAUCACUCCGCAGUGGUCGCGAGACAGACGGGGUUCGCUCGUCGCAGCACGAGCCGGCUACGAAGACUCGCGCGCGCGCGGCCGUUCCAAAACACCGCCGCAGGCCGAACGCGCUGCCAAUAUAUGCCACGGGCUGAUUUGUAUCGGGGGGGUUUCAGGCCCGCUACAUGCAUCCUAUUCUGGCAAAACCUCUUUCGCUCUCUCUCUCUCUCGCUCUCUCUCUCUUGCGUGCGACGUAUUAGAAACGCUUAAAGGACGGCGUAUAAGUAGUGUAAGAGGGUGCUCACUUUCAGAGACACGGGACCUGACAGGAACUUUCUUGCCUGUAUACACGCGAGUCUUCUAGUUGAUAUCUCAACCUUGCCAUACAACGUUUAUAACAAUGAAGCUGGCUACUAGGAGUUUCUUCUUCCUGGGCGUUGUUUUUGGCCUCGCUGGAGAGGUUCUCGCGCUGCCGCACCCGCCGAGCGAGGCCUCCAACGUGACGACGAUAGACACGGCGCUCUUGCCCGAGACAGACAACGUCCAGCUAGCCAGGAGGAGCGGCUUCACGAAAAUGGAAUGCGCAGUUUACAAGUCGUCUACAUCAGCAGCCUAUCAUGAUUCCACGUUCGAAAACAAGGAUUACUUCCGCCAUACCCAUAAGGGUCUGCUCACGCUAGGUCCGGGAGAGUGUGACCGGGUUGGCUGCUGGGAGGACGUCGGAGUCUGGUGGUGCAACGAGGAUACCAAGAACAAGAAAAGAGUGUCUAGCUGGCUUGACGUCGAGGACGCCAUCUUCAAAAUGCACCUCUUCAUGUACACGCCAGGCUGCGAAACGGAACCGUACCUCAAAUGGUCCAACAGGAUUUACCAUACCGACGGCUGGAGCGUCACAGUCAGCCGUAAGAAGGGCCAGGAAUGCUGAGCGUGUGGCGGCUGGGGCCAGUAUCAAAGGAAUGUAGGUGGUAAGUCGGGAGCGG